UUGUUUGUCAACACCGCGGUUGCUCCAAUGCUAAAGUUCCGAAAUCCGUAGCUUCCGCGCAAUUUAUGUGUUAAACCCGGUUCCCAAAAUGGACGAAACGUUCUCGCUCAGCCUGAAGGAAGUGAAGCAGGACCUGGUGCUGGGGAUUGUGGAGUGCAACAAGCGCGGCCUGGUGCAGAGCGCCAAGUGGCUUUCCGAGCUGAACCAUGGCCUGUCGGAUGUGGCGGUCAAGACGGGCGCCGGGAAGUCGUUCGAGAAUCUGUUUGCUGGGGUCGGGGCGGAGGAGUACGACGAUUACGUGCUGGCGAAGAGUUACUUUGAUGUGCGCGAGUACGACCGGUGUGCGCACUUUACGCGGAACUGCGCUUCGCCGGUGCCCAAGUUUUUGCACAUGUACGCGUCGUACAUGUCCAAGGAGAAGAAGCGGUUGGACAAUAUGAGCGAUAAUUCGAUUGUUAACGGUAAUAGUCAUGUGAAGGAUUUUUCCGAUUUGCUGACUACGUUGAGGACGGAACAUGGCCAGAGGAAGCUGGAUGGGUAUUGUUUGUACUUGUACGGGGUAAUUUUGAAAAAGUUGGAUUUGAAUCAGAUGGCGGUUCAGAUUUUUGUGGAAGCUAUUAAUGCGGAACCGACCAUGUGGGGAUCGUGGCUGGAGCUGGCUCCGCUGGUGACGGACAAGGCCAUGUUGCAGAAUUUGAAGCUACCGAACCACUGGAUGAAGCAGAUAUUCAUUGGGUACACGUACAUAGAGCUGUUCUUGAACGAUGAGGGCAUCAAGAUAUUCGAGAAUCUUCAGACGAAUGGGUUCGGCAAGUGCAUCUUCAUUCCGACCCAGCUGGCGAUUGCUUUCUCCAACAAACGUGAUGUGGACAAGUCGAUCGAGAUCUUCCAGCAUCUGCACGAGAUGGACCCGUUCCGGUUGGACAACCUGGACUCGUACUCGAAUCUGCUGUUCGUGAAGGACAUGAAGACUGAGAUGGCCCACCUGGCGCACAAAGCGGUGGACAUCAACAAGUACAGCCCGGAGACGUGCUGCGUGGUGGGAAAUUACUACAGCAUACGAGCCGAUCACCACAAGGCGGUGGUCUACUUCCAGCGAGCGCUCAAGUUGAACCCGCGCUAUCUGUCCGCGUGGACGCUGAUGGGGCACGAGUUCAUGGAGAUGAAGAACACCAACGCAGCGAUCCAGAGCUACCGGCAGGCUGUUGAGGUCAACCGGCGGGACUUUCGCGCCUGGUACGGGCUCGGUCAGGCGUACGAAAUCCUCAAGAUGCCCUUCUACAGCUUGCACUACUACAAGGCGGCCCAGCAGCUGCGUCCGUACGACAGCCGAAUGUUGGUGGCGCUUGGAGAAACGUACGAAAAGCUGGAAAAGGCCUCGACGGCGCUCAAGUGUUACCAAAAGGCGUACAACGUGGGUGACAUCGAGGGUGUCGCCCUCUACAAUCUGGCCCGGUUGUACGAGAAGCAAAAUCAAAUUGAAAAAGCCAUUCCGGCGCUGUUGCGGUUCUGCUCGAACGAAAACGCCAUCGCCGACAAGAGCUCGCUGUGCCACGCGUACAUGACGCUGGGAAAUUUCUACGAAAAGAACGAACAGUUCGACAAGGCGUCCCACUUUGCGUACAAGUGUCUGGACCACGAGGACACGAAGCGGGAAGCGGAAGCCCUGCUGAAGACUAUCGCCAACAAGCGGCAGCAAAAGACAGCUGCAGCGGCGUCGUCGUCUUCGGCCGCUGCUGGAACUCCCGGUGCGGAUCCGGAGGGAGAUUCCGAAUCCGGCGAGGGGAAGGGAAAGGCGUCCGACAUGGAUCUGGAGGAGGUCGAGAUGGACGAGAGCAACGUGGGCCGCAUGGUUGACAUGGUUAUGGCCCAGGACGACAUGCUGGUGGAGAAUGAUGAGCCGGAAUUUCAGCUGGAACAGGCGGCGGAGUUGGAGAAUUCAUCGCUGUCGAUCAUCAUGGAGGACGGCUCGGAUGCGAAUGAGUAAUAAAUGGGUGCGUGCGUGUCGCGAA